AGUCUCUCCUUUGAUACGUUCAACGAGGAAGUCAAGUGGCUGGAGAUUCCAGGUGAAGCCGAGGGCAAGGUCCCAGGGGUCUACGUGAUUGGACUCAGCCGGCGCGACCACCAUGGUCAGUUUCUCAACAUUUUGGAAACUGAAAAGCUCAUCCGUGGGCUUCAGAACUACAUCGAUGGGUACCGAGCCCUUGACAGACAUCGCUGUCGCGUUCAACUCCAGGUGGCGACACAAGGCAACCUCACCGCCCAAGACAAGGAGCGGAUCUCCUGGGUGUUCAAGGUUGAUGGCUUCCCCGGAGAUGUUUCGCUCCAUGGAUCUAUUCCCGAGGCCAAAUUCGUCGAAUCAGACGACGACGUGACGAACAUUGAGGCGCUCAUGAAAUCAUUCCAACGACGAUGCGACGUUACGCUGGAUCCCUCCAAGGAGAUCCGACAGAGGCAAAGCCCAAUCUACGUUGGAUGUUCGUCCGACCUAAGAGAGCGCACGAGCGACGACUCGCUCAAGGACCUGAGUGGACUGAACAAACCCCUCGCCCUGACAGUCAACAUCCUCUCAGCUCUUGAUCUCCCCGUCAACUUGACAGUUCAGGUUGCGCUACGGAUCUGGGAAUCGGACCAACUCCCCGUUGCGGAACAGCUGGUCGCAACGCUUGCCUCCUCGCUCGUGUACCAACAUGGGUUCAACGACACGGAAGCCGGUGGCACCGCAGGGUCGACGGUAACUGCAAGUUCUCUCCAGGCCGCUCGUGAGCUCAUCCUGUGUCACAACGAGACCAUGAGCGAGAACAUCGAAAAGACUAUUGCCGAUAUGGAGAAGCGCCUCGAAAUCAUCAAAGUACUGGAAAGAUCCAUGGACAUGGCCCCAAAUCUGGAAGCCGAGAUUGUCUCCAUGACUGAUGAACUCGCCGAUCAA